CCCAACCCCAGAAAAGAGUAUUCCUCACAAUCUGGCUAUACCCCCUUCAGGAUUCCACCUCCCUCCUAAUGAAACCCCCGCGGGGCAGGGCUCUCCCCUACCCCCUCACCAAAAAGAUAGAGGAAGAGAUGGCCAGAGAGAAGGAGAGGUUAAAGAAAGAAGAAGAGGAGAAGUUGAAAGAGGUGGACGAGGAAGAGGAGGAAGAUGAAACGCCACUGCAAAGGAAGAGGGGCCAGUACAGUGGCAGCAGAGAUGAUGAGAUGGAGAAGCGGAUCUCAGAGUGGGUCGCCAACUUAUCCCUGGGUAAAGAAGAAGAGGUGGCGAUGUAUAUCUCUAAGGACGACCAGGAAGCCGCCAUGAGAGCAUGGGAAGCAAAAGCAGAUUUUAUAAAACGGCAAGCGUUGGAAGAUGAGAAGAGGAUGGAGUGGAAGUUGGCGGUGAUGAGGGAGAAGAAGAGGAGAGUAGACGCGGUAGCGGAGGCGGCAGAAGAAUUAGAAGAGGUUCAAAGUAUAAAAGAGCAAUUAACCACCCAGACUGAACUCCCAAAGAAAAUGGAGGUCAUAGCCAAAAACGUUGCACGCUUAGCACGAAUCCAAGCCGAGCAGUAUGACUUUAGUAGGAGUCAACAUAUAGCUGUGCGUUCAAUACGGUUGGGAUUCCGGGACUUUGCUCGUGAAUUGGUGGGAGCUGUAGGAGCCGAGGUGGGCCAUCGCCUCGUCAAGACUGAGCGGUUUUGUGUUGGUGCCAUUGAAAGCGUCAAGGCGACAGCUCCCAAGGAGGAGGAAGCACGCCCUCACCGGGAGCCGGUCAAAGUCAAAUUCCCUGAUUCCUAUAGUGGAAAACGGGAAGAGAACUUUAACAACUGGGAGGCCAACGUCAAGACCUACAUGCAUCUGCAACUGGUCUCCCCGGACCAGCAUGUCUUGAUUGCGAUCCACGCGCUUAGAGAUGAGGCCGCCAGUUUUGCAAGGUCCCUAAUGCGCGCCGCCAACUGCAAUGAUGAUGCAGUUGCAAACUCAUCAUUUACCUCCCUCACUGAGUUCAUGAAAUUGUUGCGCGAGCGAUUUGCAGAUGUCGCUCGAAGUGUCAAGGCCUCAGACAAGCUCCAGACGAUCCAUGCUCGUAAGUGGAAGAGUGCCAGAGUGCUCAAGAGCACCAUGGACGAACUAGUAGUUGUCCCUGACCACGGAGUUACAGACACCCAAUUGGUUGCCCUUUUUUAUAGAGCUAUCCCAGAAGCCUUUCACGGGCACUUCUUCGCGAAGAGCGAAGACCCUGCCACCACUUACGAUUCCCUUAGCCGUGAAGUGGUGACCUUUGAGAAGUCUGUGUCGAUCUCCACCUUCUGGCACAAAGAUUUGGAUAAGGGAAAGCAAUGGAAGGGCCGCACUAUCUCUGGGCAAGUGAAGACUAAGGAUAGUCUUGUCCUAACCUUAGAUGAGGGAAGUGUGGACGAGAUCCCCUACGAUCAGAUUGAGUGGGGGUUAGAGGAGGAGGACAGCGGUGUGGGCCAGGGGAGAACUUACGCUGCUGUCACGGCUGGAGGGAGGCCGCAAGGAGGAGGACGAGGUCAGGGCCAAGGGGGCCGGGCCUCAGGGAGCCGGUUCCAGGGCGACUAGAGGGUUGGCGGCAGAGGAGAAAAACGCCCAGCGGGAGGAAGGGGUCAAGGUUUCCCGCGAAACCGUCCUCGGAACAGGUCUCCCUAUAGA